CACGCUGAACCGGUCUCGGUCGUGCGCGGUCGCCGCGAGCUGGGGGGCACCGCGCGGGUGCAGCCACGAUGGAAGGGGGUGCGUACGGAGCGGGCAAAGCCGGGGGCGCCUUCGACCCCUACACCCUGGUCCGGCAGCCGCACACCAUCCUGCGCGUCGUGUCUUGGCUGUUCUCCAUCGUGGUGUUCGGCUCCAUCGUGAACGAGGGCUACCUCAACAGCGCCUCUGAGGACGAGGAGUUCUGCAUCUACAACCGCAACCCCAGCGCCUGCAGCUACGGCGUGGCUGUGGGCGUGCUCGCCUUCCUCACCUGCCUGCUCUACCUGGCCCUGGACGUGUACUUCCCGCAGAUCAGCAGCGUCAAGGACCGCAAGAAAGCCGUCCUGUCCGACAUUGGUGUUUCGGCCUUCUGGGCCUUCCUCUGGUUCGUGGGCUUCUGCUACCUGGCCAACCAGUGGCAGGUGUCCAAGCCCAAGGACAACCCGCUGAACGAAGGGACGGACGCGGCCCGGGCCGCCAUCGCCUUCUCCUUUUUCUCCAUCUUCACUUGGGCGGGCCAGGCUGUGCUGGCCUUCCAGCGGUACCAGAUUGGCGCCGACUCGGCCCUCUUCUCCCAGGACUACAUGGACCCCAGCCAGGACUCGAGCAUGCCUUACGCCCCAUACGCGGAGCCCAGUGCCGGGCCGGACCCCGCCAGCAUGGGUGGCACCUACCAGCAGCCGGCCAACGCCUUUGACGCCGAGCCCCAGGGCUACCAGUCGCAGGGCUACUGAGCCACAGUGACGCCUGCCCCCUGCUGCCCCUACCCCUCUACCUCUGCCCCCUCCCUCUGCACCCAGCGCCCUGCUCCCUCCUGGGCUGCCCUGCCCAGCAGCUCAUCAGCCUCGGAUUUGCCCCACUGAGGUCCCAGGUAGCUCGGGAUGGGGAUGGGGCAGCCAGGUGUUGGGUGGUGUCUACAUGUGUGUGCAAGUGUGUCUGGGGGCGUGUGCCCAGCAAGGGCCUGGAGGGUGGGGCCCGGGGUGUUUGCAUCAUUCAUUGUGUCAUCCGGCAUUCAUUGGGCACCUGCUGUGUGUCAGGCCUCACACAGAAUAUGAAAGAGGCAGAAAUGGUCCCUGGAAAGGGGAAAGAUGAGACGUGGAGGACACCGUGGUGGCACCAGAGGUAGGAAUGGUGGGAAAGACAGACUGGAUGACACGGGCUCAGUCGCAGGCAAGUGUGAACACCUGCAGGACACUGGGGCUGUCACCCCUAGAGCCAUGUCGACUUCCCGGCAGUCCUGCUAGGAGUGUCAGGGCUAUCUCCAUUUUAUGGCUGAGGAAAUCGAGGUGUGGAGAGGUCAGAGUCACUCGCCCAGGGUCCCCCAGACAGCUCCUGGUGGAGGCGUGGUUGAGGUGGCCCAACAGCAGCGCGCCUGCUCCUCCCUGGCCUCCUGCCUCCUCCUCCCCAAGCUUGGGGCUCCACUGCUGAGUGUCACUGUCGUGGGAGACCUUAGGGACCUCAGUCCUAUGAGACACCCUGAUUCUGCUGCCAGCCAAGGCCUGUUCUGCCCCAGCUGUUCCCCUCCUCCCGGGGACAGCCCUGCCUCGGGUCCCUCUGUCCACAUCCCCACGGCCCCUGCCCCUGGCCGCCUCCUCGAGGGCUCGCCACGCCCGCUUGUCCCGUGCACUGCUCUGCGCUCUGCGUGUCCCAUGGGGAGCUUGUUCCAGGGUACUCCAGCGACCCUCUGGUGGCCUCCCAAAGGACUGGUCACCAUCCCUUCCUCUAGGAGGACUCCCUGAGCCCUUGCCCAGGGCAGGGUGGAGGAGGAGGCCCAGAUGGGGGUGUGACUGGCCCAGGGGCAGAGUGAGCGAGUGGCAAAGCAGGGCUUGCUGCCCAGGUUUCUUGGUCCCAGUCCCCCAGCAGGUGCCCCUGUUCUUUGCCCUUGUGGCCUCCCUGGAGACAGAACGGAUCUGGGGCACUAUGUCAUCUCUCCCAUCAUCUAGGGCCAGUUAGGGGCUUGGUGGUGCAGCAGCCAAGGGCACUCCAGAAGGCCCCCAGAGAGUCAGCCUCCCUGUGGGAGGCAGAGCAGAGAGGACAGGGCUUCGGACUCAGCCAGGUCAGCUUUCGAGCCGCAGCCACGGGGGUGCACCACCCCCAAGAUGACACGGGUUGGAGCCCCUGGUGCAUGGUAGGCCAGGGAAGACCACAGGCUGUAGGGGAGAGUAUAGCAGGUGACCCCAAAGGCACAAAGAGGUCUGUGGGGCUUGAGGGGCAGUGACCCCUUCUGAGCAGGGGCAGGGAGGAAUUCUUGCACAAAGUGGGCUCUUCCCUGAGCCUUAAGGGACAGGGAGAGAGCUGGGGGCCCAUCCUCCUGUCUGCCCAGCAUCCACUGGCCAGUCCCUCAGGGAGCAGAGCGGGGGUUGGGGGAGGGUUGGGCACCGUGCUGGGUGUGUCCACCACCAUCACUCCAAGCCCCUCCUAAGAAUCCUAGGAAGCAGGUGCUCGUUCAUUCAGCACUUUCAGGGCACCUAUGCUGGGGAUCAGCAGGUGUGUAUGAAAAGUUCACAGUCCACCAGGGAAGAUGAGCACUAGACAAAUAAUGGUAAAGAGUCCAUUGCAGGUGGGAGGCACUAAACAGGUGCGCGGCGGGCCUGAGCUCCCCUGAGUACAGGCCUAAGGGUGGGCAAGAGUUAAGAAGGAACUUCUAAGCAGAGAAGUAACAACAUUGUCCUCAUUUAACAGAAGGGGAAACUGAGGCUCUGUGAGCAUAAGCAAGUUAGCAGUGGGGCACAGAUCUGGACUCUGGUCUGUCCCAGUCCUCCCAAGGGACAGCAGUAAUGGAAGAGGACCCCAGACAGCUGAGUGGCAGCUGGUUGUUGUUGACGUCCAUUUUCCACAUCAGGGAAAGGAGUUCUGUCUGUGGUCCCCCCCAACGUGGCCCACGUGGGGACAGAUUGAAGACAGGUUAUCUGCUGGCCUGAGCAGUGAAACCUUGACUAGGCCAAAAGUGAGGGUGGGUGCAGGAGUGUUUCUGGCAGAAUGAGGCUCUGUACCCACUGCAAGAGGCUGUGAGAGGUGCUGCCCCUUGCCCACUCCCACCAAGAGCCUGCCCUGCUAAUGGGCGUUAGGAGACCCCAGGGUGGGGCCCAUUUCUCCCUGGGCACCAACCAGCUGCUGGUGAUCCUGGGUCACAGGGCAGGUACCUGUUAAGCUUCGCCCAAUCCUUGGUGUUUAUUAUAGAUCCUCCCGCCAACCCAGGCUAGGAAAGUUUGCAAGCCUCCGUCCGGGGAAUGGGGGGUGCUGAGUCAUCUCACUCUUCCCAGUGUGCGGCCCAGAAGUGCACCCCAGGCACAAUCCCACCGGGCUGGGCUGGGCUCUGGCAGGGACCUGCCCAUGGUGGAGAUGAGAAACAGACAAGGUGGGAGAUGUCCCAGGGUAGGAUUUGGAUGAGACCCAGGGCUCCUGACUCUGCCACUGGGAGGUUAAUGGGGAAGCCCACUCCUGUUGGCUGAGGACAGCCCCUGAGCCCCCGGUCAGCACUAUCCAGUAUCCCCUUGCCCCUCUUCGCUGCCUUCUCUGCCUCUCCCUUGCUCCCAAACAUUUCCUUGCAAAAGGGCCCCCCUUCAGCCUGACCUUGCAGAGUUUGGGCUCCCUCCCCAUCAAGCACAAGAAAGGGCCCAGGAAACUGGGUUUUCCACACAAGUUUAGAGCUGCAAAGCCACUUAAGCAGACAGUGGCUUUGCCAAGGUCAAGCACAGAAUGAGAGUUGGGGAGCCAGGUUUGCUUUCUGAGUUGGCACUUACCCAGUGCAAUCACAGACCGUCUUGCCUGGGUGUCUCCCGAACCACCUGGGGGUGUAACCGUUGAGGGGCCAAUUCCCAGGGGACUGGCAUCAGUUCCCCACCCAUCCUUCCCUAGUGAUUCUUGAUCUUCAAAGACUCUUGGGGGUCCCAGGUUCCAUCAUGUAACCAAGAGCCCUCCCCUGUUAGCCCUGGGGGACCCCCAACCUUGGCCUGAGACCCCUUUGAUUCCUAAGGAGCACGAAGGGGAGCACCCUCCCACGAAUUUAUGGGAGGACGAGCUAAUCCAGCUGCCUCCCAGUGCUGCCCCAACCUGUCUCUCCCCAUCCCCCGGUGUCCGCAGCCCUUGUUUGGGUACCCUGGCCUCUCCUGCAGCGUUACUGCCUGUGUAUAGUAUAAAUAUAUAUAUUUUCUAUAUAUAAAAUGUAUAAUAUAAGGCUCCACAAAUAUAUCUGUGUGUGCGUGUGUGUGUGUGUGUGCAGUGAAGGGCGGUCCCCAUCCUAGGCCCCCCCCACCCCGCUCCAGAACCCCCAACACCUGGUUAAGUUUCUCAAGAGUGAAUCCAGUGGCCCUGUGGCACCCUCCUUUAUGACAUCCAUCCAUUUGUGGUGAACCAAGUGAAGGUGGUGACUUCUGGUGACAUAGUAAUAAAGUGAAGACUCAGAACCCACCAGCAGACUGCAA